UGCGAAUACCAGCAUGUCGUCGCUCCGCAACGCCGUCAAGCGCCGCGAGCACAAGGAGCGUGGGCAGCCGCUCGAGCGCAAGAAGCUCGGUCUCGGUCUCCUCGAGAAGCACAAGGACUAUGUGCAGCGUGCGCGCGACUUCCACUCGAAGGAGAACCGCCUCAAGACGAUGCAGCUCAAGGCCGCGCUGCGCAACCCGGACGAGUUUUACUUCAAGAUGAACACGUCGUCGACCGUCGACGGCAAGCACGUCUCGACCAACAACCACAACGCGCUUCUCACAGCCGAUGUGCUCAAGGUCAUGAAGACGCAGGAUCUGGCCUACAUGCACAUGAAGCGUGCGGUCGACACGUCCAAGGCCAUGAAGCUGAGCGCGUCGGCCCACUUUAUCGACGUCGAGAAGCCAAACAAGCACAAGGUGUUUGUCGACGACGAAGCGUCGCUCAAGACGUUUGAUGUCGCCGAGCACUUUGAUACAGUGCCCGAGCUCGUGCACCGCGCGUCCAACCGGCUGCGAAAGGCCGACCUCCAAAAGCUGGCGAUUCCAAGUGCCAAGGCAGUCAAAAAGUCCAACAAGAUGUACCAAGAGAUGAGCGACCGACUCGAGCGCGCGUCCAAGAUCAACACGAUGCGCCAGGUGCUCGAGCUCGAGCGCAAGGUCCAAUCCAAGGGCAAGAAGAUGAAGAUCGCCGACGGCGUUGAUGGUGGGCCCGCCGUUUACAAGUGGAAGCGCGUGCGCACCAAGUAGACACGUGCAUAUGAGGUGCGCCAAUAGAGAAUGAGACUACGAUAACAACCUAUAUAACGAUGAUGACACAAACACACAGACGA